UCUACUGUGCCACCCAGGUGCCCCUCAUUUUUAAUAUUGUUCCUUAGCCGUGUGACGAUAACUGUGUUUCAAAGGCUAAUGAGAAUUUUAGGUAACAGAAGGCUUUAAAGAGUAGCACCAUGCUCUUCCUUUGGACUGUUUGAGCUGCAGGGACAGCUGCUCUUUGGCCUUCAGCUGACCUCAGAAACUAGAAACAUUUAUUUCAGGCGUUGUCCCUUUGGCCACUGUGGGCAGAAGUGGAAAACACCUGCCAGGUGUUGCCGUAAGAUUGACUCGGCCAACAGAAAACUUUUCUACAAGCUUUGUGGCUUAACCGAAGCCCCCUCCCAACCCUGGCUUUCCUUGGCGUUCAAACCACAGCACGGGUUGAGCGCCCCCUGUGUGUGCGGCUCGGUAACGGGCAAAUAAGGGUAUCGCAAUGCUGCUUCCAGGGCUUCUACGCAUUCUUGGCUUCCAACGAUCCUCCUGCUAGUAUCUCUUGUUCCUAUUUUACAAAUGAGACUGAGUAAAAGAAAUUGGGCAGUGGGACAGGACACACCCCUGUGGGAACUGGCCCUGUGAUCUUGAGCAAGUCACUAGCCCAGCGGGCGCUGAUCCCAAGUUUUCUCUCCCUUGGAACACCGGCCCGGCUCACGGUCACGAGAGCUCAGCCGCUGUACCGGAAGCUAGUCUCAGAACGUGAAGGCGUGAUUUACUACGGCCUGGUCCCGACGGGGAGGGACGGAGGGAGGGAGAGGUCCGGAGCCAGCGGCCCGCCUCCACCGCUCGGACACAGAAGUGGCAAGGAGCGGCGGCGGGGCCGGCUCCAGGCAGGACUGAACUACAGCGCCCGGGAAAAGUCGUUUCCCUCCUCGCCAAGACUUCCGCUUCCGCCAUUCGCCGCUUGUGGCCCGCCCUACCCGUCGCCGGAAGCAGCCGUUGCCCCGAGCAACUGCAACGUCCGGCUUUCCAAGUUGGCGGCGGGAAAGGCCAUGAGUAAAGGCCGGGCCGAGUCUGCGGCUGGGGCCCCCGGGAUUAUCCUGAGGUACCUGCAGGAGCAGAACCGGCCCUACAGCGCCCAGGACGUGUUCGGGAACCUGCAGCGGGAACACGGACUGGGCAAGGCGGCGGUGGUGAAGGCGCUGGAGCAGCUGGCUCAACAAGGCAAAAUCAAAGAGAAGAUGUACGGCAAGCAGAAGAUCUAUUUUGCCGACCAGGACCAGUUCGACACGGUGAGUGACGCUGACCUCCAAGGCCUGGACGCCAAAAUCGUGACUCUCACUGCCAAGGUGCAGAGCCUGCAGCAGGGCUGCCGCUACAUGGAGGCCGAGCUGAAGGAGUUAACUAGUGCCCUGACCACACCGGAGAUGCAGAAAGAGAUCCAGGAGUUGAAGAAGGAAUGUGCUGGCUACAGAGAGAGACUGAAGAACAUCAAAGCAGCCACCAACCAUGUGACUCCAGAAGAGAAAGAGCAAGUGUACAGAGAAAGGCAAAAGUACUGCAAGGAAUGGAGGAAGCGGAAGAGGAUGGCAACAGAGCUGUCUGAUGCAAUCCUUGAAGGAUACCCCAAGAGCAAGAAGCAGUUCUUUCCGGGAGAGGGGCAUGAACCAGAGUACAGGGCGCAGGGAGUGAGCCCAGCGUGGAUGGUCGUCAUGCUUGUCUCAUCGUCUAGAUUCCAACUGCUUGAACUUAACGCUUAUAACAACGCUGAAGGAAGGCAUUUGGCAAUGUUUAUUGUAAUUUGAUAUAAAAAUACUUAAUUUUCUCUGGAUAACCAAACCUCCCAGAUGUCAACCCUGAGGCAGGCUACUGGGUGGAGACAAGCUACUGUACACAGCAUUCAAGGAGUCCCAAGGCCUUACCCAGGACUUUUCUGGGCUCUGUGUCCUGGGAGAAACACAGGCGGCACUAGCACUAAGAUGGUGGAGACCCCCAGGAUGGCUGGGAGUGGUUUUGAGGCCCAGUUCACUUUCAAAAAUUGUAACUUUAGCAAAGUUGCACUGUUGGUGUUUAGAAAAUUAAAACAAAAAACAAAACGUUUAA